CCAAGGCAUUACCCCAUUUUCUAACAAGGGGAAGUCUCUGCCUCCAUGUAUCACCAAAGCUAAUGUGCGACACUCAGUGCUGCAUGAGCUCCGUUUACACCAUCCACUCCUAGCGGUGGUUUCGUGUUACUGAAUAGUAAAACCCUAUAGAGACACAACUGAGAGUGAUAGAGAGGAGGGGAAGCACAGAGCGAGAGAGAGAGAGAGAGAGAGAGAGAGAGAGAGAGAGGGGAGAUGAGCAUCUUGUUCCAAUGAAACAUCAAGCAGUGUGACGAUGACAGCGAAAGGCAGACAUAAAGCGGUCCCCUUCCCCCUGGCCCACCGGCUGACCAUGAAGGAGGUGUUCGAUGCCGAGGGUCGGCCGCGCGUUGACCUGCUCAAAGCUCAUCUCACCAAGGAGGGCCGGUUGGAGGAGGCUGUGGCCCUGCGCAUCAUCGAUGAGGGCGCCGCCAUCCUGCGCCAAGAGCGCACCAUGUUGGACAUUGAGGCGCCAGUCACGGUGUGUGGAGAUAUCCACGGCCAGUUCUUCGACCUGAUGAAGUUGUUUGAAGUGGGAGGUUCUCCUGCCAACACACGCUACCUCUUCCUUGGGGACUAUGUGGACAGGGGCUACUUCAGCAUCGAGUGUGUGUUGUACCUGUGGUCACUGAAAAUCCUCUACCCAAAGACGCUCUUUCUUCUACGGGGAAACCAUGAAUGUAGACACCUGACGGAAUAUUUUACCUUCAAACAAGAAUGUAAGAUCAAGUACUCGGAGCAGGUGUACGAAUCCUGCAUGGAGGCGUUUGAUUGCCUGCCGCUGGCAGCCCUGAUGAACCAGCAGUUCCUCUGUGUGCAUGGGGGCCUUUCACCAGAGAUCCACACACUGGACGACAUCAAAAAGUUGGACCGAUUCAAGGAGCCGCCGGCCUUUGGGCCCAUGUGCGACCUGCUGUGGGCGGACCCCCUGGAAGACUUUGGCAAUGAGAAGACCCAGGAGUAUUUUGGCCACAACACAGUCAGAGGCUGCUCCUACUUCUACAGUUACCCAGCAGUGUGCGAGUUCCUACAGACCAACAACCUGCUGUCAAUCAUCAGAGCGCACGAAGCACAGGAUGCUGGGUACCGUAUGUACAGGAAGAGUCAGACUACAGGUUUCCCCUCCCUCAUCACCAUCUUCUCUGCUCCAAACUACCUGGAUGUGUACAACAACAAAGCGGCAGUGCUGAAGUAUGAGAAUAAUGUGAUGAACAUCCGUCAGUUCAACUGUUCUCCUCAUCCUUACUGGCUUCCAAACUUCAUGGACGUCUUCACCUGGUCUCUGCCUUUCGUGGGGGAGAAGGUCACUGAGAUGCUGGUGAACGUCCUGAGCAUCUGCUCUGAUGACGAACUCAUGAACGACGGAGAGGAGAUCUUUGACGCCAGUGCAGCUGCAGCAAGGAAAGAGGUGAUCAAAAACAAGAUCCGAGCUAUUGGGAAGAUGGCCAAAAUGUUCUCUGUUCUACGGGAGGAGAGUGAGAAUGUGUUGACCCUGAAGGGACUGACUCCUACAGGCAUGCUGCCCAGCGGAGUGUUGUCUGGGGGCAAACAGACUCUGCAGAGUGCUACCAUUGAGGCCAUAGAAGCCAUCGAGACAGUUAAGGACGCCGAAGCCAUCAGAGGCUUCUCCCCGCAGCAUCGGAUCAGCAGUUUUGAGGAGGCCAAAGGUCUGGACCGGAUCAACGAGAGGAUGCCACCGCGGCGCGACGCCGUCAACAGCGUGGGCCUGUCAAUGGGCCGCAUGAACAUGGGAGAGCCCAAUGGCACCGACAGCAACAGCAAUAUCCAGUGAUGGACUUACACUCCCACACGCUCUGACACAUACCUACAGUUACGACACUGACAUGGUACCAUAUUUAUAGAUACGUGUAUAUAGGCAUAUUAAAAAACAGCAUCUCACACACACACACACACAGUAUUUCAUACACGGCUACAGACGACACACAUAUGCAAAUACACACACAUGAUUUACCUACUCCUUUUCCUGUUGCCCUCAGCUGUAUCUAAAGGCAUGAGCGUACCUGGACUUUACCACCAAAGGCUGAAUCUCCUCAUUGUACUGAUCGGCCAUAUUUAGAGAACUACAACUCCCAUGUAUCUGCACAACAACGACAGGGGGGGGGAAAACUGUUCCCCCAUGCAAAACAGGACGAGCUGCUGUUCAUGUGUGUUGGGAUCACCAGUGUAGGCAUGAUGUGGCUGUGUCAGUGUGUGUGUUUUGU